AUGAAACAAUUGACCGCGCUAACAGUGUUGUUACGAUUGUUGGUGUGCUCUAGUUUUGCUUCGUGCCUUGCCAGUAGCGCAAAUCAACAGCAGCAGCACAAUGAUGACCUUCCCCUCCUACUGACGCCGUACAUUGAAAACGGCAAAAUUAGCGAGGGCAGAAAUUUGAGUGAGGUGACCGCCAUUCCUGGCCUGGACCUUUCACAGCACCUAAAAAGCUACUCAGGCUACCUGACCAUCAACACGACUACUAAUGCAAACACCUUUUUUUGGUUCUUUCCGGCAAAAAAUGGCCAAACAAAGGACGUUCCGUUGAUUCUUUGGCUUAACGGCGGCCCUGGCGCUUCCGGCUUUUCGGCCGUCUUUCUCGAGAACGGCCCUCUCGAGCUGGUGCUCUCUGCCGAUAAGAAAAGCGUAGUUCCUCGUCUGCACGAGCACAGCUGGAACGAGCAGUUUGCCGUGCUGUACAUUGACAACCCCGUCGGCACCGGUUUCUCUUUCACAGACCAGGAGGGCGGCUACGCGACGGACGAGACCAGAGUGGGCAUCGACAUUUACAAUGCACUUCGGCAGUUUCUGGUGCUUUUCAGCGAGUACCGCGGGACACCGCUCUUUGUCGCCGGCGUCAGCUACGGCGGAAAGUACGUGCCCGCAGUCGGUCACCACAUUCACCUGCUGAGCGCCGAGCAGACGAAAGAGGAUGGCGUCAACCUACAAGGUCUUUCCAUCGGCAACGGCCUCUGCGACCCUCGAAAUCAGCUCAACUACGGCGACUUUCUCUGGAAACUAGGUCUGCUUGACAGGCGCCAGCGAGACCACUUUCAAACGGUUCAGUCCGAGGCCCGGUCACUGAUUGACCAGCGGCAGACGGUGAAGGCGCUGGAGCUGGUGAACGAGCUCUUUCUGGGCAUCUCCACGGAUGGAAAGCCGCCCAAACCGAGCUACUUCACCAACGUCACCGGGCUGAGGUGGGUGUACAACCUCAAUGUGGAGGAGAUGCCCGUGGAGUACCUGUUUCCCUACGCGUACGUCCGCGAGAACAGCACUCGGCGGGCGUUGCACGCCGGCACUGGAACCGCCUUCACCGAGGGCUCCCCCGCCGUCAUCGGCCACCUUCUGGCAGACAUCUACAGCAGCGUCCGGCCGUGGAUUGAGGAGCUGCUGGCCGCUGGCCGCUAUCGGAUGCUCUUCUACAACGGCAACCUGGACAUUAUAGUAGCGGCGACGCUCACCGAGGACUUUCUCAACGGACUUCAAUGGGGAAGCUCGGGUAAUCGGUCCUUCUACGCGGCAGAGCGGAAAGUGUGGAAGGUGGCGCCCAGUGAUCGCUCAGUGGCCGGCUAUGUGAAAACGCUGGACAAUCUGACUUUUGCAGUGGUCCGUAAUUCCGGUCAUGUAGUUUCGCGGGAUCAGCCUCGAGUGGCCGCCGAUUUGAUUACCCGCUUCAUCAAGG